AUGAAAUCCUUAAUAUUGAUCACACCAAGUCUCUUGACCCUUAUGCUUAUAACUCGAUGGUUUUCAAAUGCACUUCCCUAUGAGGAGAGUCGGGAAGCUUCGGGCCAAAAGGAGCAGCAUGACCCCUUUCCAGAUCCUGCUGGCGGAUUUUGUCAAAGAAACAAAAAUCCUGCAGGACUGGGAUUUAUUGGUGUAAAGUAUGACCUGCUACGGGGAAACCCCGAGGGGAAACAUUCCCUGGGGGGAGUUGAUCCGGGAUUUGAUAAAACAAAGAGAAUCUUGAAGUUGACCACAGAUGCCGGAGAGAACGUCCCGAUCCAGGUUUGCUAUGCAGAAAGGCAGUCAUGUUCUAUGUCCAAAUCAACGAAGAUUUUUGGGGGAACCAAACGCUACCAGGAUAAGUUAAAUGUGGAUGUCAGCGCUGAAGGUAAUUUUUACAAAUUUAACAAAGCAACCAACCCAAAAGCAUGAUUCCUUGUCAGACUGAUGUUAUUCACAGAUUAGGACAAGCGUUGGCCACUACACGUGAUAUCCGCUUCCAUACCGACUCACGUGUCCAACACGUAUGUAAAAUUCUUGGAACAAAAAUAUUGUUUAGAUACGAAAAGUGCAACACGCCUCCCACAGGAUUGGCUUAGUUCCCUUAGGUGACUGCCUUCUUUACUGCACCAAAAUUGUCCCCCUGACGCCAUGGAAGCAAGUUUUUUUUACAACUCUAAAAAGUGUAACUUAUUAGCGUAGCCAUUGUUUUAGACUAUUCAACAGUUAUUCGCCGAAGGCGAAGUUAAUAUUGUUGAAUAAUCCCCGAGACGAAGUCGAGGAGAUUAUUCAACAAUAUUAACCGAGGCUGAGGUGAAUAAUUGUUUUAGUAUAUUCACACGAAGUGAUUUCAAAAGAAUCAGAAAGGAAACCAUUAAAAAAUGAUUAGUUUGAUUGACGGGUGAAUUCAUGGGUGAACACGAAGCCGUAAACAGUCUCAUGGAUACGCAAAAGUUAGAUCUUUACAGUAUCUUCAAACAUGGCAAAUGAUAGUUUUAAUCUUUUUGUAUCGAGUUUUGUAAGCUUUAGCCUCAACGGUUUAAAAGAAAACGCCGAAACUUUAAAUUACUACUCAAUUCUGAGAAGAAAAGUAGAGCUUUAUUUGUUUCUGCCAACUCACCGUGAAUGAGAAAGUUUUCUUUGUCGCUUCUUGCAAAUGCUGUCAACAACGGCUACGAUCUAGGUGAGCGUUGUUUAUCUCCAAUGUUCUUUGCCUUGUUAACUUGCUGGCACGAACAAUUUUCGAAAGUAUUUGCCUUCUUCUUUAGUCUCGCUUGCGUAAGCAGCGAGACUCAUAAUCUGCAACGUGUUUUUCGCCCCGGAGGGGUAGUCACUUAUAUAGGCUGUAUAGGUAUGUGCCGCGCUAAAACGAUUUUUUUUUUAGCCGUUUUGGUUUGAAAUAGGGUAUCAAUUUCGACCAUUUUGGUCUUAAACAGGGUAUGGCUUGUGCCUUCUAGUCUUGAAUUUGGCAUGUUUUUUAGAAGAAUUAGCUACUUCUUCAUCAUUUGGCGAUAAAUCCAUUUCCCUUUUAAUGUUUACGCCAACUACCGUGUACGUGCCGUAACAGCUUGUCAUGCUUCGGUCACGCGCUGGGCUCCAGGGCUUCAGGUCUGAAAUAGGGUAUCAAAUUUUUGAUCAGGUCUGAAAUAGGGCAGGGAAAAUCACAGAUUUUGGUCUGAAAUAGGGUAAGGGUUUCAGGAAGCUUGCUGCACACCCCACCCAACUUUUCUGGAAGUACCCGCCCGGAAUUUUUGGUCCGUUUUUGGGGUCACAAAAAGCAGGCCAUUGUGCCAGGCGUUCCUUGCGGAGACCGUGGAAACUGGGUCUAAGAAUCGUUGCGUGAUUGAAGCCACGCAUGUUUUGCGAAGAAAGCUUAGGAAAGAUUAAAUUUUGAGCUUUUCCGAAACGUGUCGGCCCACGAAUUCUAUCGCUUGAAAGCGUUGAUUACUUUGGAGCAAGUAAACACUGCUGAGUGGUCGAAAAAAAUAAGAGUCUCAAUUAGCAAAAUUGCGAUGAUCGGGUGUUGUAAACUUUCACUGUAUGCAAAUGAGUCUUGUGAUGAGCAUGCGAUUUAUUUUCGGCGAGGAUUGAAAUGACGUGCCAUGUAAAUAACCUUUUCGAUAACUCUCUGGAAUCGAGGCCCUUGAAUUCUUGUGUAUUUAUACACGCGUAUAGCCUGAUACCGGAGAGGUAUUUUUGGUCGUCGCUAACGCGCGUACUAAAUCAAUUCAGAAACAAAUUACAAGUAUCGACGUCGAUAAAGUAGGAAGUAAAAAACCUUUCGCGAAUAAAUCAGUCCCCCCAAUUAGUAAGGCACUGUACCUGAGCUAUAAGGCAUGAGACUAUUAGAACUGCUAUAAAGUCAAAAAAUGAACAUGCUUAUAAAAUCGCUUAUUUGAAAUGUACUCUUAACCUGAACUCAAAUUCCAAAAAGUGAAGCAUUUUCGUUUAAUACAAGCCGAGAAAACGAAGGCCAAAGUUGAUAUCUAAAAGCGCUUUUUUGGAGAUAUUUAUAAUCACAGGGCUGAAAUCUGACGCGAUACUUUCCGUUGUUGACAGAAAUGUUGCAAUUUUCACAACGCGACACGCGAUAACGCGUUAUGAGUUUCAAGUAAGCCAGGGCAAAUUAUAGCAACAUUCGCUUACAUUCUGCUUCCCCAAAUUAAGUACGACUGUUUUGAUAUUUUGAUAUUUUGAUGACAGAUAAGGCCGCAGUUUAAUGAUCUGUUAUGCAAAUUAGCACGUUGCUAAGGCUAAAAAAUUGUUUACCACGCCAUACUGACAGCACGUCACGCAACGAGUUCAAACGAAGAUUUUCGUAUUUUCUCGCCACUUUCCGUGCUACAAUCAGAUCAGUGUCACAACAAACAUUAAGAACAGCAGUUUACUCGUAAGAGUUCAAGAUGGCGACGAAGAAAACAGCGCAGCGCGACGAAAAUAAAGGGCAAUUUUGCGGCUGUUGGACCGCACUGAAAACAAAUCGAUGUAAAAAGAUGAGGAUUUAUAAUACCGCGCUGAAACUUGCCAGGUUUAUUCACAUGAUGAAAAGGAAAAAUCUAUUGAAUUCCCGGCAAUUCCCGGAAUAUUUUGGAUUUUUUGCGGUGGCCUGAAGUUACGAGGCAUUACAAAAAAGUUCCAUCUCUAUAUCUCAGGAAAAAUUACUGGCUACUGCCGGGAAUUUAAAGGUAAAUGAACAAACUAAGCAUAAGUCAGUUCCGAUUUUCUUGUUAUUCCUAGCUGUCGAGAGAAAGCCAGAAAUACGGAAUUAUUGAAUUUUUGAGCCUGCGAUAUAAAUCGGAAAUAACACCUUAGGUGUGAAAAUUGACACCUCGCAUAUCAAUUUUCUGAAAGCUCAGCUCUCGCUUGAUAGGCCUGUAAUUUUUAUUUUGCAAAAUUCUUAAUCAUUUGAGAAAUAAAUUUUUCAAAUGGAAGGGUUUAUAGCAGAUCAUAUACCUUAAUAAAGCUCAUUAUUAUUUAUUAUCAUGUUUCUUGUAGAAUUAAUCACCUCCUCAUUUUUCUAUCUGAUCUCCAAGCAGGCGAGAGCUGGGAGCCGUUGCAAGUGCGUUCUUGUUUCUCCAUAAAUUAACUUCUAUUUAUAGGCAAAAUUGGUCUUGCGAGAAAAUUCCGAAAUCACAAAACAGUGAUAAAGCGACCUCGUUUUCCUCUGUAGUGGUAAACAUAGCUUCGAGCUUACAAAAAGUCAGCUACGGUAAACCACUUCUCAAUAAAUGACGCUGUUUAAACACAAUGAGGUCUUUUCUUGCCUUCAAAAUCAUCAGCACUUGGAUAUUCGUGUAUUUUCAAGAGGGCUUUACUAUCAAACUUUGGCAAAACACCCAGUUCACGACAGCGAUUUUGUUCUGUUUUAUAUUCACCGCCUAGCGCGGGAAUAUAACGUCAUAGUCCGAGAUAGCUAACUAAUCAGAUUGCUUGAAUUACCAAGAUCACUGAGUGUGUAUAUACUAAAAAACCAUAACUAACUUUGCAAGUUCCACUAUUGAAGUGUUAUUAAAUUGACCCCAGUUCAACUAUUGAAAAGUUCCUCCAAAAUAGAGGUUGGUGAGGAGACAGGAGACGGUGUUUACACGCCAUUUUCCUAAGAAUACGAUACGCCUUGUUCUUCGAUCUCCAACGUGCCAAAAUAAUCUUUUACAUCUUCUUUCGAAAACGGAGCUGUAGAGAAUAAGGGCGCUUAAACAUCAAAAGGACAAUCUUAAACGAAUAAAUUACAUAUAGACGGGGUGGGGUGUAAAGGGUCCCAUCUUUUUGCUGAACCUCUUAACAUCUGUUUUUUUUUUUUUUCGUAUUCCAAACCAGCUGGCUACUCCGGGUUGUUUGACUUUUCCUUCAGUUUAAGUGCAAGUAAGUGGACUGCCAUUAAAAAUUUUACACAUAACACAGUCUUAUUAAUUCAUGGUGGUGAUUGAACUGAAUGAAGCGCAAUUUGCGCGACUUCGAUUUGAAACCUCAAGUGUGAUUUCACACCAAAAUUGCACGACACGAAGUUCAAUUAUCACUUUAUUACAUCCAUUUUGAAAUCGCAGAGUUCAGUCAAAACCAACAGUUUAGUGACAGGGUAGCUGGUUUGUUGAAAAGCGGAAAUAAAAAAGCUUUUACAUCUCCUUUUGUGUUUGAAACAGAACUGAUGCAUUCUAGAGCAAAAAUGGUGCGAUUUUAAAAAGAAACGGUGCGAUUUAGAACAUGAAUGACGCGAUUUAAAACAGAUUUGAUUUAGAGCAAAAAAGGUGUGAUUUGGGAAUAAAUCACGCUGCUGAGAGCCAAUCAGAUUGCAGGGAUCAACAAUGAUUUCAAAAUGGAUAUAAUAAAGAAGAAAAUAGUGUUAAUGGACAACCAAUUUCUAGUUUCCGAAACUCUAGGAUGAAUGGGUGCAAGCUUUGCAGGUAGCGUUUUCUGGCAUCGUUUGUGUGACAAUCGUUACUUAUGAUUGGUCGAUGCUAAUUAAGGCAACCAUUAAUCAAUCUUAUUAUUCAUUCAAAAUAUUUCCCCGAUUCUGAUUGGCUAAAAGCACACGCAUAAUUCACCAUAACCAGCUUUGGAUGACCAAAUUUGGAAGAAUUUUGUGUUUAACGAGGAAAUGACGUCACAAAUGCAGCGUUCGUGCAGGUUAAGGCACCGUUAACCGAGAAGACCUGGGGACAAGGUUGAGUUGUUUUGAUUGUGAACUUGAAAAAUGGCGGACAUUUCACUCGUUUCAAGAGUAAGAACUGGGCGAAAAAAUAAUUAAAAACAUGGCAAGAACAGCAAGAAGACAACUCGAAGGGCGACAUCUGCUAUUUUGAGAAUAUUUGCGGAGCUGGACAUACCCAAACGUUCACUAUCGAAGAUGAACUUAACAUCGAUGGAUCGAUGGAGGUAAGCGUGUUUUAGCCAUGUUUUUAAACUAGGAGUUAUUUUGACUGAAUAAUAAAACAAUUAUUGAAUUCGACUUUCGUAUCAUAUGAAGAAUUAUGGAGAUCUCGGAGGGUGUCAGCCUUAUUCAUUAAUUGUUAAAUAAGUCACGCUUAUCAACCCAUGCCAAAUGAUCCCAGAAAUCGCUGCGCGGAAACCCUGUACACAUUCCCCAUAGAAUUUGUGGAGGAAAAAUUCAUAUUUCGAGACUGAAUAUGGAGCUAAUACUAUUCGUAGAUUUUAGUUAAACUUUUAACAACGAUUUCUCGGUGAUUAGUUCAGUCAAUUUACAGCGUUUUGUUUCGACUCAGUCAGCCCUUUUGUUAUUGAAAGAAGAAGUAAUUAACUAAAUAGGAUUUUAAAUUUCCUUGUAGAAUACGAGGAAAUGAAAAAAAGAGAAAGAAACGGUCUAUCGGGACUGCACAGAAAUCUGCAAUAAAGGGGAAGCAAGAUACCAACUAAAAUCAGUUGAAAAUGAAGGAUGGACCUUGACAGAUGAGUUUGCUGCUUCUGUUUGUGGACUAACAGUAAAAUUCAAAAAGAGGGAGGAAAAGAAAAAAUACAUUGAUUUUCUGAAAUACUGGGGAACGGUAAGUGAAAUAAACUGAAAAUCUGUUUUACUCAUGAAAGUAAAUCGCAAUACAGAAGCUCUCAUUGUGGGAGCUUUAUCAAGGACAACCGAUCAAGACGAAAGUAACAAAAUAUGAAGUAACUAAAAUUUUGUUGUUGUUGUUGUUGUUAUCUUUAAGAAGUACGUAAUACAGUAAGAACCCGCUAACCAGGGUAUAUAUAAGAACCCAGAUUUUUCCAAGUUAGCCUAAAUAGUUUCUUAUAGAAAAGGUAUUUAGUGGGAUUUUAGGUUACUUUGGUUCUUAUAUAAUUAGGUUCUUAAUUUGAUAUGCGACACUAGCGAUCAGCACAGAUACCUACAACAGGGCAUAUGUGAUAUGGAAUAUAUUGCUGUAUUGAAUAAUAUUAUCUAGAAUACAGUUGAGAUGAUAACCAUACAGUAAAUUUAUCUUUCCAAAGUAUUAGCAUGCGUGUCUUUCAUGCUGCUGUAUCCAUAAAAUGCUGUGUUACAUUUUGAAUCUUACCGACUGAAACCUAGACUAAAAUUUUUUUUCUGUAUUUUCAUCUGUACCUUCAUUUUUGUAAAAUAAGAACCUAUUGAAAAUUUUGGGCUAAAUAGGUUCUAAACCACAACCACAAGUUAAGAAAGUUGUUGCCGCCUCUUUAUAACAGCAACUAUAAUCUAAGGCACGCGCGCACUUUCACUUUGCCGCGUUGCAAGACAAAUAGAUUUAAGAACAGUUUUUUUAUGGCUUCAGGCAGAAUUGGAAAUAAUUUUUGGGUUUCUUAUUAUACGUUUUUAGUCUAAGCUAUUACAAUUAUUACUCAUUUUUACAAUUAUUAGUAUAAAUUAUUACCAUUGUGUAAAUACGCAAUUCAGCUUAUGCUGCAAUGUAUUUAAUAAAGUACCUACCUACCUACCUUCUUAUGAAAAGGGGGUUUAAAAUGACUAAAAAUUUUAGCCUAACAGGUUCUUAAAUUUUAGGUUCUUAUAUGCGGGUUACUGUAAUCAGUUUUUACAGUUACUCAGGUCCAAUUUGCUACCUUUAAUUUGCUAACGGCUCUCAAUUCCACGGAUCAAUUGAAUAACACUUGUAUAGGUGUAAUUCAUUCGUGUAAUUUAAGUGUAGCCAUUACAUAAUAGUCAGAAAACAAUAGCCCAACUACACUUGUAAAUUACACAGUUUCAUUAAAUUGCCCCAGUACUUAUAUUUCAUGCUAUUCUAUAGGCAGUGAUAUACCGUUAUCACACAAAUAAGUGCCCCCCUGAUCGAGCGCUUGCCUGGAAUAAACGCCGCAUUCUAGAAAAAAGUUUGAAAGUACCUUAAAUAAGCACCGCAGCUCCUGUACAACCAAAAUUCAAAGGUAACUUAAAAGAAACAGUUUUUUUGUCGCGUUCAACUUUCAAAUAAGCGCCGCGAGCAAAAUUUAAUAAGGGAUACUUAUUCAAGUAAAUCGGAUAGUUCUCGAUCGUGCCUGCUGUUAGUGAUCCACAAUACCGCCCCACUAUAACUGAAACUCUUUUUGAAGUCUCCAGUACGGACAGUGGUAAUGCUAGUUGUUAACCGAUUUUCUUAAAUUAUGUGGCGCUGCAUCCAUACGGUUGAUAAAUUUCAAGCUCAAAUACUUAGGAAUUUCAUGAUUAGGAUCCUUAAAAAUGAGAAGAGAUAAACUAAACUUUCGUUGUCCCUGAAGUUUAGGCAAGGUAAGCGCCUAAAUCAAAAUAUCUCAUGUAGGCUUCCAUCAUAAUUUUACAAAGUAAUUAUACCCAGCAGUGCGGUUUUGAAGUUUCCUGAGCUUUUGAAAGAGGCCGUAUUACAAUUUUUUCAAACCGCCGGCGGUGACGUGAUUGAAGUGAGGUUGUACAACAGCGCGAUAAAUGGUGCGGAAGUUUCAUCACGAACGCGCUUAAUUACACUUAUGCCAGAAGCAGUUUUUUUAGAAAUUGUCCUACGUCAGGCUCUGAUAACUUCUAGCACCAAGGGAUAUAGAAACCGAAACCUAUUUAAUACUUGGGUUUUCAAUUAUUAGAGAUAGUCUUGGUUCAGGGCCAAUAAAGAGAAACUCAGUGCGGAGCAAAGGUGCCGCAGUGGUGAGAUGUACAGCCCCCGAAAUGAUACCGACCUUGAAAUGAUUCCCAUUUCUGUUCACGUCGACCCCGAAAUGAUCCCCAAUUAAUUCUUGGAAUGGAAUGGUAUUCCGCCAAGGAAUUAUUACAAGUCUGUUGCAGCGUUUACGUUCUUGAAUCUCAUUUAACAUUUCAAUACAAACAGUUUAAUAUGUGAUUUUUUAGCGCUUUUGUCAUCUAAUCGCCUUUAUGUCUACUUUUGCAUCUUCAAAAUCAUUUUAAAAUUUCAAAAAAGUGUUCAAACACCAUUUUUAAAAUUCAUUAUCCAAGGCAUGCAGUCUUAACAUCAUUUUUAGGAUUUAACAUCAAUGCAGUUUUGUCUAUAACACGGGCUAUAUAAUAAUCACCUAAGUAAUUGGGGUAAAAAAUAAUAUGCAUUUGAAUGUUUUAGUUUGGUUAUCAUUUGCAGUUCAUGGUGUUACUAAAAAUAUACGAAGUGUAAUCCCAAAUAAAUGUAAUCAAAGAAUGCGAGCAAGUGAAACUCGAUCAUAUGGAAACCAGGCUUUAAAUAAAUGUUGUGCAUUUUGCUGAAUCCAUAGUUCUAGGAUAUCAUUCCAUUCCUAAAAUUAAUUGGGGAUCAUUUCGGGGACGGAGUGAAGAGAAUUGGGGGUCAUUUCGGGGUCGAUUUGGGGAUCAUUUCAUGGUUGGGGAUCAUUUCGGGGGCUGUACAGAGAGCACUCGCCUCGAGCUCGCCCACCAAUGAGUCCCGGCUUCGAAUCCUAGCGUCUACGCUAUAUGUGGGUUGAGGUUUUUGUUAUUUCUCCCCCUUGCUCCGAGAGGUUUUCCUCCGGGAACUGCGCUUUUCCCCUCUUCUUAAAAACCAACACAGUUUCAACGAGUUCUUAAGAACUCUUACAUGUAAGUCCUCAAACAGUUUUUUUUUAAUAUAAAAAGUCACAAUGCUUGUGUAAGGCCGAUUCUUGUUUUAUUUCUUUUCAGCACGUUGUGGUUAAAGUUGUAUUGGGGACCAAAAAAAUCACAAGAUUUAGAAGCUCUCUGAAAGAGUUUAUGUCUUAUGCUUCAGAAAAUGUAAGGAAAGCGUUAACUAGGUGAUUAUUUUAAUAGUCACGUAAGCAAUAUGGGGAUCGAGAGUCAGAAUGUAUUUUUGUCUUUCUCUUUUUUUUAAUGGUGAAAUUUCCUGCUUCUCGCUGUAAAUUUUUUUUUUGCGUAAUCUGGCACGGUUUCAGCAGCUUUGUUAAUUCAUUUUUGUAUUGCUUGAAAACAGUACGAUUGUAUUUUCUAUACUAUUGAUAACUUAAAUUGUUAGGGUCUUGGGAUUAAUUUAUUGCAAUUGCUUAAAUUGCUAUAGACUGACCAUAUCCUUAUUAAAAUUUGUAUUUCUGCGUUCACAUCACUCUUCAUUCUAUGUUUUAUUCCUUUGACGGCUUAAGGCGUUUUCAGCAAAUGAUCCUUGUCCCAAUGUAUGGAUCUUUAUAGCUCAGUUGGUAGAGCACUGCAGCGCUAAUGCAGAGGCUGAGGGUUGCAACUUGACUGACCAGUGCAAAAGGCCCAUGAGUAUGCAUUGUUCUUGCUGUCUUUUUUCUAGACUACGAGCAGCCUCUCUUUUUUCUUAGUCCGUCAAGCAAAACGCGCGAGACACGCAAAUGACCACGCGCGUGAUUGAAGGCGCGAGAUGGGAGAGGUUGCCGCCCUCGUUUCGCGUUGCUUGCGACUUCGCCCCUCCCGCGAGUGCACUGCUUUCACUAAAUCUGAAGAAAAAGAGAGACUGCUCGCAGUCUAUCUUUUUUCGUGCACCUAACAUAACAUAACAUACACUUUAUGACGACUCCUCUAUACGGGGAUAUUCUGAGAAAGUGAAGGACGUUUACACAGAUGGUUUGAUAUAUCGUCCAAUAUUUACCGCUUCCUAUCGGUGAAUAACUGUUUUGAAAAAAAAAAACCGCUUUCGAUUCUCUUGACUGAAUAUUUUUUCAGGUCGGCAGCAGUGUGUCUGUGUCAGGAGGGUACGGAGGAGCUACGGGGUCUGUCAGCGUUGAUGUCAAUACAUUUGAAGAAUCUGAGGAGACCAAAAAAGAUUUUGGGGAACAACAGCUCGUUUACACUGUUGGUGGAGACUCUCUUCCUGAGCCAAUUCAGGUGACACUACUAGGAAUUGAAGAAACGCUGGAGCAGAAGUUUUGGAGCAAUUUAGGAGAUCUUCAAAAAAAGAAAUCAUGUAAACGAAUGAGCUUGAAAAAGCUGAAAAAGUUUUUGAGAAACAUGAAGCAAGCUAUCAAGGCAUACCCGAAAGAAAUGGAAGUAAAACGCGCUAUGGGUAUGAUCACACUUUAACUUUAUACCUUUUAUCAUAUACAGUAAGCAGUUAACAGCAUUGUCUACCUGCAACUUAAGCCUACAGUUAUUGUUAUCACAAGUGUACUACUACGUCAACGUUGACCGUUACCGCUAGGAUCUCCAUAUCCUAAGGAUCCCUUACAGUGGAUUUCCACGGCCGCGUGAUUUUCACGUGCGUGCGCACGUAAAUUUAACGCGCGUAAAUAAAAUAGAGGCAUUAUGUAUGGAAGGUCACGCGUCAACGUAAGAGGUAGCCCACGAUCAACUUUGACGUUUACGCGCGGCCUUUCAUACAUAGCCCCUAUUUUAUUUACGAGCGUAAAAUUUACAUGCGUACGCACGUGAAAAUUACGCGACAGUGGAAAUCCAUCCAUAGGGAGGAUGGCCACUGUCGCGUAAUUUCUACUUGCGUACAUCUACGUUCGCAAAUAAAUGAAAGGGAAUGUAUGAUGAAUGAUCGUGCGUAAAAUUAAAAGUUUAACUUCGCUCAACUUCAGUUUUAAGGGCAACACUUCAUACGUUGUCUCUAUUUUUUUGUUGUUCGCGAGUAAAAUUUACACGCGUGUACACGCACGGGACAAUUACGAGUCAAUGGCAAUCCGACCUUAACCAGAACAAAGCAGUAGCCUUAGAAACAAACACUUUAACUUACCCAGCGGUCACGUGUUACUGAAGUAGCUUCUAUAUCUGCAGAUAACCCCAUGGAACUUCAAUUGUCUUGGCCAUCAGGAUACUUUUCGUUGUUCACCGCUAGUAAAGACGGCACCGACGUGUGUCCACAGGGAACUGGAUUCAAGUGGCGUCCAGGCAGUGUAACAGACCAAAAUCAUGUUUUAAUUGCGUCCACUAACCUUGAGUCUAUUGGUGUUGGGGCUUAUGUAGGAGUGAAGUAUGGGUUCUGCACAAAGACUAAAGAACCUGGCAGUUCAUAUUUCAGCCAAGUCUGGCCCAGUGGCAAAUAUUGCAUCUUAAGGAAAAGUAGCAACCCUGGAAAUCCAAGUUGCCCUAAGAGUAAGUUACAUGUAUCCUUUUUUUUCCCUAACGUUGAACUGGCCUUUCGUCGGAUUCCGGGGUUCCUCGCUGUCCUAAAACUAAACAAAUAGUUGAAAAGAAUUAAACGUCAAAGGUGAGCGAUUUGACUGUAACAGUAAACUCCAAUAAACACUCACUGGACUUGUGUUUCCAUUGAGCUGUUUUCCCUACCUUCCUUUUACUAUUAACCUGAUCUCACUUGCUUUUAGGCCUUGUGUUUUUUUGUUUCAGGAAUAUGAAACUCGCCGUAGCUUUGGUAGUGGACGUGUCCGAUGAAACGGCAAUAUCAAGAAUUUUUGUAACGCGGAAUUGUGCCUUUAUCGGAGUUCCAGACAGUACUGAAGUUACAGAAAUACUGAAGCUGUCGAGAGGGUGAAUAAGCCAUUCAUUUUGAAAAAUAUGUUUUUUUUAUUUGUGUAAACAUUGUUUAAUCAUCAGAUUUCGAGGCUGCUUCUGUUACUUGGAAUGAUGACUGGAGGUUUAUGCCAGUCCCUGACGGCUAUUUGAAAUAUCCAGUAAAAGAAGGCACAUACCCUGAUGGUUCGUUUGACAGUGACAGACACUUAAAGAUAGAAUUCUGCUGCAGGCAAGAUGGCUUUGUGGACAAUGGAAUUCAUUUACCCUUGGGUAAGACUCGGUUAAUUUUCAGGCUUUUACAAAGAAAAGAUAAAGUACAAAGAAAGAGGAGUUUGAUAAACAUCAUUAAGAUUCAUACUUCGCACUCUGACUUUUGUGAACUUGAAAAAAUUACUUUAAAUUUUUAUUAACUUAUACUUGUAUGUUUUCUUUUAAAAUUCUAUUUAUAUCUAAUUUACGUCGCUAUUCGGACAUAAAACUUGUGCUGGUUCUAUGCUUCAUCUUCAUUUAGUGAUUAUCGCUUUUAGAAAUCGUCUCCUUAGCUCCUUCAUUCCUUAUCGGCAGAUAACCGCACUUGUUCUGUUUAAGACGGGAAAAUUUCUUUGACGCUACACCCUUUGGUAAGCCCAAAUCGAGCCUUUGUUCAUAACUGACAGGAGCACACACCGUUUAGAGUUUCCACGUCAUCGUUCUUUACGAGAAACACUUUCCCUUAAAAUAUUAGAUAGCAAAAAUCUGCCUUUCAGCAGCAUUUUACUUAGUAGCACUUGUUUGCCGGUGUUUUAAAUCUUUUUAGAUUUUUUGAUAUAAACUUUGGCUUAAAUGCAUUAAAGGAAACCAUGUGUAAUUAAUUUUCUUGCUUUAUAAAGGACGGAUACAAUCAAGAUGAAAUAUAUACCUCUUAUUAGCCGAGUUUUCGGUCCGUACUGUAAAUUACGGACCGAGUUUUUUUUUCAUCGAUUUAUGGCCCGCGCGCUUCGCGCUUGGGCCAUAAAUCGAUGGGAAAAAACGAGGAUCCGUAAUUUACAGUACGGACUGAAAAAAAACGAGGCUAAUAAGAUGUUUAUUAUAUGGCUUCGUCCUGUUUGGGGGACCGGAAACAAGUGCAGGACGCACGAUUUGACAGUCAUUUGACAGGUGUCAAAAAAGAAAGUUUUUAUUGGCGCACGAAAACAAUAGCACACAACAAAGGCUUUCCGAGAAAGUAAAAACAAAUUCGCCAUGUUAAAAAAGUUUAUUCGGUCAAAACUAAGAGCUCUGUAAGUUUUAGCUCUUAAAUGUAACGCUGGUGUAUUUUGGAAACCGGACACUGUGUCUGUCUAGAAGUCGUUUCCAUCUUUCCUCCGUUUGUUCUUCUGAAAAAAACACUGCAAAAGGCAAAGAAACUUUUCAAGGUAAGUUUGUCGCCAUUGUCGAAAGAUUCGCUCGUUAAUUGUUUUUGGGAAAACCUCUCUUUCUGCCAGUUCAUUCUUUUCUUCAAUUGUGAUCUGCGUUUAAAUUUUCAAACACUGACUAGAAUUCUCUUCCUCGGUAAGUUAUUAAACCAAAGCUAGGUUAAAAUUUGGAAAGGCAAAGUCAACAUCCCAGUCUCAGGGUUUACAUACAUUUUUCAACGUUUAUUCGGUGAAAACUAAGAGCAUUGUAAGUAUUCACUCGUUAAUGUGACGCUGGAGUCUUUUGAAAACUGGACAUUAUUGUGUCUGGCUCGAACUCGCUUCUACCUUUCUUUCGUUGGUCUUUGAGAAAAUACUGCAAAUGGCAAAGAAGCUUGUCAAGAUGAUCGGGUGCAGGUAUGUUUGAUAUCAUAUUUGUUGAAGGAAUUACUCAUUUUCUUUUAGGCAAAACAUCUCGAAUCUCUGGCAGUCGAUUUUCGUCUUCUUAAACUACGAUAAAAUUUUCAAACACUGACUAGAAUCCCCGUCGAUAAGAUUACGAGUUAGUUUCUUCAUCGCCUUCGUUCACAAAUAAACACAGUUUAAAAUGUUGAAGGCCAAAGUCAACAUCCAAGUCUUCAAGGUUGACAGGCGUCUUAUAACUUUAUUUAAACCUUUUUUUCUGAGGUAAAGAGAUUUAGAGCUCCGAAAUGAGCAUUUUCUUUAAAAAUUUUGAUCCGUAUAGCAAGUUACGGACCGCAAAUUGACCAAUCGCAUGGCGAAAACAGACUCAGCCAUAUAAUAAUUAGUUAUAACUAAGAUCUUGUAUAAUGGUUUAUCUGUGUAUGCAGCCUCUACACCUGAGCUUACUACUGUCCAGCAGUUCCUUCACAGGUGCCACAAACGUCGCUCUCAUGCUUUAGAUACGUAUGAUUAGGUCGAAAAAACCGACAGGUUAUUUUACAGAAAGAUAAGUAGGCAGUCUAACCAUCCUUUAUACAAUCUUCCGCCCAGAGCUAAAGAACCCUCGAAAGGUUUAAGAAUUCGAAGUAGCCAGUUACCCUGUAUCAACACGGGACGUUUUUCAAGUUUUAUAAAUAGAUUGUAUUCAAAGUACUCUCUAGCUUUUUAAUUGUGUAAUCUAAUUUUACAUCUUGUAAGUACUGCUAUGUACACUGUACCUGUAUGAUAAUAAAGAUAUUUGAUACAUUUACUCUGUUUUUUUUUUAUAGAGAAUCCGUUUAUACUGGUAAGAGUCCAAGGAUUCUCGUGUCAAAAGGUUUGUGGUGCACAAGUAACAGACGUAGCUGUGAGAACCGCUGCGAAUACUCCAACGUUUGAAGCUCCCAAUUCAGAAAUAAACGGAAAUGUUAAACCGUUUGGAAUGGUAUCUCGUCAAGAAGUUGAGCUGCGUUUCUGCCACUAUAAAAAAUUGGAAGAUGGUUUGUACAACGGGUAUUUUGUUGCUGUUAACUAUAAUGUUUGUUGGUAUUUUAAUGAGGUUAUGACUACGCAUUUCCGUGUACUUUUGCCUGGAGUCUUUCGUUAACCUAAAAUGACGACAAUCCGUAGCCUCACAUUAUGACACACUCCAGCGUUUAUAGAAAGUUUUUUUCUCCCUUCCCUACCGAGGUAGUCGUUUACGAGAGCUUUAACCAUAUUUUAAGGAAACUUUCGCAAAUUUUAAUUUUCUUCGCUGUUACCCGGCCGAUUCCCGCCAUGUUCUCGCGACAGCUUGACUCUUUUGCCUUGGUUAAUCUCGAUUACCUCUGGUCUUGUCUCUUGACUGACGUCUUAUGCUUUUUAGUUUACACGUUUUAUUUUAACAUUUCUGGAGGUAAGUAUCUCUCGUGAAAACAUGGCAUUAGAGGUCUUGAAUGAAGUUUUUGAAAGGGACCUCCCAUAGAAUAUAGUUUUCGGUAGAGGCAAGUAUAAGUUAAUCCAGUUGAUUUUGUGCAAUGGUAGACGGUGCAUGGGUCCUUGUGAUAACAGGGAAUUCGUAUUCAAGUAGUUCGAUAGUUGUAGAGUUCUGUUGUGUUCCAAAAUAAUACAGUUUUCUUGUAAUGCAUUUCUUGUACACGUUUUUGGAAGAUUGUUGUGAAGAAGUUGUAGCGCUCAAAACGGUCUUGGCAAUAAUUUUUCCACUUACUUUUCUUUUUUUCUUCGCAUUCGUAGCUAAAUUCCUUAGGCUUGAUUUGAUUGAAACUCCCAUGAAGGCACGCACGGCUGAGAGAGAAUGUCAGAGUAGGGGAGGUCAUCUAGCCAGCAUCCACAGUCAGGAUGAAAAUCGAACUAUCAAGGAAAUGGUUGGUUCAGGAUCGAUGGCCUGGAUUGGCUUGAAGAGGAGGACCGUGCGAAACAGACCGUGGGUCUGGACCGAUGACACAGAACUGGACUUUGGGGAGUGGAAACCAGACGUCACCGACGAUGAAAACUAUGUUUCCAUCAGCGGAGACAAUGGCUUGUGGAAGGCGAAGACGAACGACGCGAAGCUCCCUUUCGUGUGCAAAGUAAUAGACAACUGCCCAUAG